GGCUCUGGAAAACGUUUUCCCAGGAGAUCGCCACUACAUCUUGACGCGUUCGUCCUACAUCGGUACGGGUCACUUCGCCUUCCAUUGGCUUGGCGAUAAUUUCGCCACGUGGGAAGACAUGGCCGCUUCCAUCAUAGGAGUACUGGAGUUCAACAUGUUCGGCGUACCGAUGGUAGGACCUGAUAUUUGCGGUUUCUACGGUCAUCCAAGUGAAGAGCUGUGCACGCGCUGGCAAGAACUCGGUGCCUUCUAUCCAUUCAGUCGCAACCACAAUGGAUUCGGUGAGCCUGACCAAGACCCAACGGCGUGGCCGCAAGUUGCCAAUAUCACCCGUCAAUAUAUGUUGACGCGUUAUCGCUAUCUGCCCUACCUCUACGCUCUUUUCCAUCGGGCUCACAUGAGCGGCAACUCGGUAGCGCGGCCGCUCUUCAACGUCUUCCCUUCAGAUUUGGACGCGCGGCGCGUGAGCGAUCAGUUCUUCUGGGGUGACGGCAUCAUGGUGGCGCCCGUGCUCACCGAGGGCGCCGUCAGCAGGAGCGUCUACUUCCCGCAGGUGAUAAAACAACCUUUGUUAUUUUUCCGACAAAUUGGUCCCAUCACAUUCGAGGAUCAGUUCAUCCAGUUCACUGUUCGGCUGGCCUCUGAAUAUCUUUACGGCUUUGGAGAGAACAUUCACCCUUCAAUCGCCCACAGCUUCACGCCUCGGGUUACUUACCCCAUGUUCACGAGGGAUCGAGAAGUUUCUGCAACGGAGCCUCCUUUGAACCACUAUGGUACAUACCCUUACUACAUGAACAUUGAGGAUGACGAGGGUAACACUCACUCUGUCCUCUUCCUCAACUCUAACGCCAUGGAAUACUCGACUUUCCUGCUGGACGACGGUACCCCGGCGCUGACUCUCCGCUCCAUCGGAGGGGUCAUCGACUUACACAUCUUCACGGGGCCCACGCCUGAAGAAGCUACGAUGCAACUAAACACGGCGAUAGGCAAGCCAACCUUCCCUCCCUACUGGGCGCUGGGCUUCCAGUUGAGCCGCUGGGGCUACAACUCCACUGAUGGAGUCCGGGCCGUACGGCAGCGCAUGGUCGACGCCGGCAUCCCGCAGGACGUGCAAUUUGUUGAUGGUGAUUACAUGGACUCAUACUACGACUUCUCUUACAACCACGUCAACUACACCGACCUGCCUGNUGAUGAACUGCUUGCUGAUAACGUCAGGAUGGUUCUGAUCGUGGACCCUGGCAUAGCCGUCAACACGGCCCUCAACCCGCCCUACAACUCUGGCCGAGCCAACAAGGUCUUCAUUAAGUGGAUGACUCCAGACCUGGUGCCCGCUGACCAGCCAAUUGAAGGCGACGACUUCGUGCUCGGCAACGUGUGGCCAGAAGAAAUGGUCGCCUUCCCUGAUUUUCUCAAUUCCGAAACUAAGCGCUGGUGGGCCGACGAGAUCGGCAGAUUCCACGCGUCGGUGCACUUUGACGGACUGUGGAUCGACAUGAAUGAACCGGCAAACUUCGAGACUAACCUCGGGACGGCCGGCCACCUGCAGUGCCCCGAUAACCACUUUGAGAACCCACCGUACCCGACGCUUGCAGCCACCGUGUCCAACAACGCCGUCAAGCAGCUGUGCGACAAGACGCUCUGCAUGUCGUCCGCAGGCAGCGACGGCAGCAGAAAUUUCCUCUUCUACGACACACACAGUCUCUUCGGACACGCUGAGUCUGAAGCGACCUCGCAUUUCUUGACGCGCUACAAGUUCUUGCCGUAUCUCUACAACCUCUUCCACUACGCUCACAUGAGCGGCAACUCGGUAGCGCGGCCGCUCUUCAACGUCUUCCCUUCAGAUUUGGACGCGCGGCGCGUGAGCGAUCAGUUCUUCUGGGGUGACGGCAUCAUGGUGGCGCCCGUGCUCACCGAGGGCGCCGUCAGCAGGAGCGUCUACUUCCCGCAGGGCGUGUGGUACGCGCUGGACUCGGAAGAGGUGGAGGCCGUGGGCCCCGUCACUCAGGUCGUCGACGCGCCCAUUCAGCGCAUCCCCGUCUACUUCAGAGGAGGCUCCAUCAUCCCCUUCCAAGAACCUGCCACUACCACCGCGGAAAGUCGCCUGAACGACUUCGGGCUGCUGGUGGCGCUGGACGCCGCGCUGCAGGCGAGCGGUGAGGUGUUCUGGGACGACGGGGAACAGGAGCACAUCAUGUCUGAGACCUACAGCGCCGACGUGGUCUUUGAUGAGGGCCAGAUGGUAAUGACUGGAAAGUUUGACCGCACGGCGGCGGCCGGAGUGAACCUUGGCAGCGUCCGCGUGCUCGGACUGCCUGCAAGCCCGACCGCCAUUUCCGUCAACGGCGUCGACACCGACACAUUCACGUACGAUUCCGCGACGCAGGUGCUCGUGCUCAGCCUUAACCUGCCGCUUAACGAAGACUUCAGCAUCGUCUUCAGCUAAAAUAACUUUUAAUUGCUUCAAUAAUGCCUAAUCGUGCAGAGUUUUUUAAAUGUGAGAUAUCUGCUGAUUGGAUUGAAUAUUAAAAUGUAAAAGCCUU